GUCUGGAGAUAACACAAUCAUCCCAGUGUUGGCGAGUGGUAUCCUACAGCUGGGUUUGCGUGUGAAUUCUCGAUGAUCAUCGCAGCCAUCCUCCUCUUCCUUCUCCUGGCAUUCUGGACGGUCCUCAGCCUUUGCUGUUCCCAGGACUGGUUUGCUUCAAAGAUGCCGACCGCGACAUUCUUAGGCAGCAUCUCGAGGCAUAUGAUAGAGAGAAGCCGCAUGAUGAUCUACUGUUCUACAACUGAGGCUCGGCGAUUCAGACGAUCUUGGUCGUCGUCGACUUGAUUUUUGCCAUCGUGCAGGAAGGGGUACACAAUCGUACAAUCGGAAAGC